GACGCCAUGCUGAUGGGCUCCCUGCCACCCCCACCCCCCCACCACCACCCGCCACCCCCCGCUUUCCGGCAGCAGCGGGUGCUCCCCACGGCGCUGGGGUGGGCUGGGGGGGUCCAGGGUGGCUGCGGAUGGGGGGGUCUUUGCUCUGCGUGCGCGCGCGUGUACCUGGGGGGGUGUGUGUGCAUGUACACGCGUGUGCAGACCCGCGGGAGCUGCCCAAGCCCCCCCCUGCCCCGCUGCGGGGUGCCCCCGGGGUACCCGCUCCCUGGCACCCCCCGCUCCAUCCCGCCAGGUCUCCAAUAAAGUUCAUCGUGCGAGCGCUGCGCCGGGCACCUCUUCUUGCGGGUGGGGGGCACCUGCUCCCCCGGGGGGGGUGGUGGUGGCCGGCCGGUGGUGGCAGUGGCACAUCCCCCCCACCACGGCCCCGCAGGGUGACGGCGAGGCCUCGGUCCCUUAUCUCGGAUUCCUGGGGCCGGGGUGCCUAAUUAUGGGCAUCUGGCGGCGGUGGCGGCGGCGGCGGGGGGCCGGCCCCCUCCCUGGCCGGACCUCGGGGGGCGCGGGCAGCGGGCGCCAUGGCCUCGCUCGGCUCGGGCACCAUGUACCGUGGCUACGGCCAGGGGCACGGGGAGCCCCGCUUCGAGGGCGACCGGCGGCACGGACCCUUCGGGGCGCGGGCACACGAUGGCUUCGGGUACCCAGGGUCCCCGGGCGCCGUGUGCCCCUGCAGCCUGGGCACCUGGGUGCGUGCCCAGGGUGACACCUACCAGGUGGUGGCCGACGUCAGCCAGUUCGAGCCCCCCGACAUCGUGGUGACCACCUCCAACUGCCACGUCGCCAUCCAGGCUGAGAAGGUGGCCGAGGACGGCACCGUCUGCGACACCUUCACCCACAAGUGCCAGCUGCCCGAGGACACGGACCCGCUGUCGGUGAGCUGUGCCCUCACCGAGGCCGGCACGCUGGUCAUCACCGCCCGCCGCCGCGCCGGACCCCGGCCCGGUGAGCCCCCGCCACCGUGCUACCGCAGCGAGGCCACGCUGGCAGCCGGCACCGGGUGAAGAGGGGCUUCUCCCCCCGGGGACGCCCACCCCGCUGCCACGGCGAGACUCGGCCGGUGCCCGCGGGCCGUGCCCCCUCCCCACCUCCGGCCCCUCGGCACUCGGGCCCUGUUUAUAAAGUCCUUUUAUUAAAUUAA